AUGCUAAGAGAUAAGUUGAAAUUACUACAAGCUCAAAUUGAACAAGAAAGAUCAAAGAGUAAUUAUAGAGUAAACGAAGUCAAGGAGGAAUUUGAUAAAGAAAUACAAAAACUGCGACAACAGUUGCAAAGCCUCGAGGAUGAGAAGAAAUUUCUUGUUUUAGAAUCUCGUGGUAUUAAUGCUGUUAAUCAAAGAAUAAAGACGUCUCCACCUGAGGCAUUCAGCAGAGUUUCAAGCCAGCAUCGUGCAUUGAACACACCAGAUAGCAGUCACAUUCAAGAGCAUAUACCGAAGAAAAGGAAAACAGAGAUAAGUACACAACCUUCAAUUGUAUUGAAUCCCAAUAGAGUUAUUAAGGAUGAAGUAUCAGCAUUUUUUGAUUGUUUGUAUGUUCAUAGAAUAGUGGGAGUGGAACUGUCUACCAUAGAGAUACUAAAUUGUAUCAAAUUCGAGCAUAUUGAUGAAUUCAACUAUAAAUUAUUGAAAAUAAAUAAGGAUACUUCUAUUGGUAGUGGUAUUGUUGAUUUUUUGCAAUCAUGUAAGAAGAAUAUGAAACUUAAUGAGCUUGUAGAUAGUGUCUUAGAACAUCUAGCGACUUUGAUAAAAGCAAUCAUUAUCAAUGAUCAGGAGUUAAACUUUUCCGUUCCCUUUUUGGUGGCACUUAUGGUUCAAACAAUCUUAUUCAGGCCAAGUGCAGUAAGUGUAAAUUCCCUUAAAGAUUUGUUCAUUUUUACCUGUGAUCUAAUACGCAAAUUUCAAAUUGUUCUCAAGAAGCCACUUCAUAAAUCACCGCUAGAAGUGGAUUUGGGGCCCCAAAUAUUUCAAUAUGAACUGAUUGAUAACUUAAUACUGGUCUACUCAUUCGAUCUUUUAGAGUCCACCACAAAGGUAAUACGGAUACAGCAACUAUCGGAAACGCUAUACAUGGAGUUCUUUGAUGAAAGUUUGAUGAAAUCACUCGAAGCUGUUUACAAAUUAACUUUGACAAUAUCAUUUAAACCAGUAAUUAAUGUAAUCUAUAGUAUGGUUGCGGUAUUCGUAACCAUUACUAAUAUUAUGAAUAACGACAACCUUUCGAAACCAUUUGGUUCAAGUAAAUGGUGGUCUGAUCUUUUGACAAGACUAUAUCAACUACUAGGUAAAAGAAUACUGAAUUUUCAUGUAUUCGACGACACCAACACUAAUAAUAUGCAUAUCGAUAGAUUUUUUGAUUUCUACAGUCUCUUAAGAAACAUGGGAACUAAUAGUGUAUCCCCAUUACUAGCUCAGUUAGUAACACGGGGAGAAAUAAAAGGUAUACCUAAUAUUGUCUUAAAAGAUGAUAUUAUAGAUAAAUACGAGUCUAAAAAGGAGAAAGGCGUUCUUUCUGAUAAUUUAGAGCUUGAAAAGUGGUUCGUUUACUUAAAAGAUGAUAUUUUAUCAAUAAUUGAAAAUUUGAUGGGGUAUUUUAAGAAGGACAGUAAAAUAACCAAUGGGGAAAUUCUGAUUAAUUUAACGAAAUUGAUCUCUGUGGAACAGAGUCAGUUUAUGGACCAUCUCAUUGACCAAGACACGGAUGUAUUUGCUGUGCGAAUGAACCUUGUGGAGCAUGCAUUAUCGAUUAUAUAUCGUAUGUGGAAGUAUUAUGAGGAAAAUAUUACCCAAGAAUCAAUAAAAGAAGUGGAGAGUGAGCUUGUUAUGUCUCUAUGGAGAAUAAUUGUCUGCAAGCACGCUUCCAAAAAGAUAUGUAAAGAUGAUUUAAUGGAACAUAGGAUCUUGAUAAAUCAGAUGGAAAAUCUUCAUUUACAAGAUACAAUCGAUUUAUAUGAAGAUGCAUUUGAAGAUAUGCCGGAAUACAUUAAGGAAGAACUUGAAUGUUCAAUUAAUAAUGGUACGCAGCAAAAGAUGCAAGUGCAAUAUGAUGAUAUAUAUAUUGAGAUGGCACGCUACAUCUUAGAAUCUAAACUAACCAAUUUUAUUUCGGUCGAGAACACAGAUUCAUUGUAUUUGUCAAUGGGAUUUUGA